CUUGAGGCAAUGGUGGGACUUUUGCGUCGACACCUCUCUGUUACAUCACCUUCUCCACAGCUUUUAAUUAAUAUGGUGACGCUUCUGGUAUCCAUGCCACCUUCCAGUUUGCCCGCAUUCUUUUUCGUUAGAAAACAAUUUACACAAAUAUGCCUAGUCCUUAUCCCCUCUGCCAAUAAUGGUGAUCCUCUUACACUGCCUCCGGGUGCCUCUCAUGUGCUCCAGGUAAUGGGUGUCGUGACACAACGGCAAAUGAGAUGCCAGCACAAACCUCUACGAGCGGUAACUGCAGUCAGUCUGAUUCUCACCCUCCACCGCCACCAGGCUGAUAAAUGUAAAUCGCGCGAGGUUUUAAGCACGAAACUCCUACCUAUCAGUGGAGACUUCUUCACGGGGGAGUUUUGUUUGAACCUGCCGUCCAAAGCCGAAAUAUGUCGACUUACUGUUGAGGCAUUUCUGAUUGACGAACACCGAAGAAGGUGGCGGCUGGGCAAGGAGGCUGGUGCGGUCGCCUUCCUUAACAUCCGUCUGGAAAAUGUUGGUGGCAGUAGUAGUGUGGGUGACCCACAAGCAACCUUCAAUGACUUUGAUUUGCCACUAUCAGUCCAAGUUGAAGGAGUUCUUGGGAGUAAUAUUUCGUCAUAA